GGGGGACAUAAUUAUACGCGACACAGGAAGUAUGCACACCAACAUCCGGCUGAUCUAAUUAUUUUCUUUCUUAAAAUAUUUGGCGGUUUGAGGAAGACAUUCGUAAAAAUUGGCCUGCGUAAUGUCGAGUAAACUACAUAUUUAUGGUGUUCAUUUAUUUUUUAUGUCGUUAACUAUAUUUGCAUCCUUUGUUUAAUUUCGACGACGGUAAGGCGCAUUACUAACUAGCCAUGUUUGCUUUCUGCCCAACUAGCUAACGCGUUAGCUUUCCUCGUAUCUGUAACGUUUUCAGUCUCCUGCUAACUAGCAGCUAGUUUUUAGAUCUUAACGUUUGCAGCUCGCUGGAAAUAUGUCGAACAUUCAGAGAACGAAUGGCAAAUAUCUGUGGUGGUCGCUUUUGGGUCUUGGAUUUCAACCUGAAGUCGCAGUAUCAUCAGGGGCCAGCAAAGCCAAUGUCAAACACAUCAUUCUUGGCCCAAAUAUGUUUGACAAACCAAACAAGGAUGCGUUCUACAUAGUUACCCAUUUCCUGUUAGAGAAACUCAACCCCACCCGCUUCCACGAUACAUACAGGCAUUGCUGGCCAGUGUUGGACCACAAAGCAGAUGCUGAAUUCCGUAAGGUGACCUGUGCUUGGCUGCGAGAUCUGAUGGAUGAGCAGGGCAGCACAAUUCCCAAAGUGGUGGCGUCACUGUUCCUCUCGCCUGGUGGUCCCAAGUUCGUCAACCUGAUGCUCCAUCUGGCCAAUUAUGUUGAGUUUCAGGAGAUGCAGACAUUUUCAACAGAUGGCACGUGGGUCCCAGAGGCGGCAGCAGCCCCUGCCUCUUCUGUGCAAAUGGCACUGAAGCGGUUUCAGCUGGUCAAGACCAGAUUCCUGAGGGGAGCUGUAGAGCAGGAUCGGAUCUUGCAUGAGUAUGAGAGGCAGGCCCAAUCUCAAGUGAAGUCUCUGAGGGAUUUGAGGGCUGAAGAUGCAAAGUAUAAUGAUUUGCUCAAGCAUCACAAGAAUGAAGCUGACAAAGAGGAAACUCCUCAAGCUGAAAAGAUUCAAAAGGUGCGCUCCCUGUGGUCAUCCAUCGACGGAGUGCUGUCCACCCUGGAGGAGGAGCGGCGCGUGGUGGAGUGUGUGAUCGGGGGAGGUGUGGACCAGUACACCCUGGACGGGACGGGCCUGGCCCUCAAAAUCCCCCGGGUUCUGCUGGAGCGGAUAGAGCAGUUAUCCCACCUGUCGAGUGUGGGCAGUGUGUACGAGGCAGACCAGCUGAACCUCCUCAGCAUGCUGGAGCUGCUCCACCAGGCCCUAGGCCUUCUGGUGGAAGAGAGGGUCAAGAUGGCAGGACACACCCCCAUUGCUCAGCUCCACCCCCUGCUCCUGCAAGAGAGAAACCUGCAGAUGGCCCGUGCCCUGGAGGACCUCCGACUCAUGAGGAAGAGGAUUUCAAAGGAGGAAAUCCCAGAGGUAAAGAGCGUCAUCAGGAAGUUGGAGACUGAGUGGGACCAGAAGUGGGCAGACUGUCUGAAACGCACGCCGCUGACCUUGUUUCUCAACGAGGAUCCUGCCCUUGACUUUCUGUGCCCCAUGGCUCCUCUGUCCUUUGAGCCGGCCACAGAAGCCAGUUUUAAAUCCAGUGUUUUCUCCCAGUAUCCGGCGACGCUACCCAAAUUUUCUGAGGAGAAGCUUGCGGAGACUGACUCCAUUCCAAUGGAUUCUGCCCUCAAACGCCUUUGCCCUCCAGCCGUUGAGAGGGUUGCGUCUCGUCUUCCUAGUGUGGUCUCUUCCCCACUGACUCCCCUCCAUGCACUUUGUGAAACUCCUCUGGCUGUCCCUGUCAAAGCUCCCUUACCAAGCCCCCUGCAGGCCAGUGUAAGGAAGACUCCUUGUGCAUCUCCAAAGAUGUCUGCGGUGAAGAGAGAGGCUCAGAUCCUGGACUCUGAGUUUGACAACUUGGCAAAUCAGUUUGCAGAGGCUGUGACCACCAGCCCUGGCAAUGGAAGUUUACAAGGACUUGCGCUGGGUGAUUUACUGUGCAAUCUUGGCACAGACCCUUUCUCCACCAGGAAGCAGAUUCCACGUACCCCAGAGAGUUUGAUUCUAGAUGUGAGGACUUCCUGGCGAAGGGCAGUGGAGGAAGGAGAGGCUCAGAAGGCCCGUCUGUCUGAUAAGUUUGACGGCGACGGCAUCUUCAGGCACCUCACGGCCCUCUGCGAGGUACAGGAGACCUCCCUCAGCCCUGACGUGCACUCCCUGAGCACAGGCCUGGAUCCCACCAAUGCCGGUUGCAGUACUGCAGCCCCCGAGCAGGCAUCGCUCAUGUCUACCCUGCCCUGGGACUCCUCCAACACGGAGGCUCUCCACAGCCUGAGCAGUAGCGACGUGAUCCAGUUCAGAAUCGACCAAGAGGCGAUCCCAGAGCAGUUCAGUAUAGAUCAGGAGACUCUCCCCGAGCUGCCGGGCAACGACGGCAGCUUCCUGAGCUCCAGUGACACAUCCAACACAGAGGAGGAAGAGCUGCUCCUCCCCCACAUCCCCUCCCUCCUUCCCACAGAGACUGAGCCGGCCCUGCUGGUCUCAAGCAGGCGUCUGGACAAGAUCCAGCAGACCUUCAGAGAGGCCUCGUUCAUGGACCGACACCAGGGGGCACAAGAAAUGUCUCCCCCACAGCAUGAUGAGAGGAGCCUGGAUGCCAGAGACUGGCUGAUGGCAAUGUCACUGGAGACUGCAGCCACAGUUGGCGCGACAGACAAAGUCUUUUCUCUGGAUCUGGACACUCUAGAGAGCCCUUCACCACCAAGAAAAGAGCCGUUUAGCCUCUUGCAACUCUUAACAUUCUCCCCCAUAGAGGACCUGUAGUGCUUCCUGAACAUUUAUUUUAUACAUAUAUCUUUUUCUUUUUUAACUUGGACUAUAUAGACUACCUGAACUAUCUUCUAGUUUCUCACUUUUUCACAAUUAAGUCUAACCAACUUCACUGCACAUGCAAUUCAAAUAUUUGUACCUAUGUGUGGCAUAGUUGUGUUCCAAUCCUAUUUUUCUAAGAAACUAACAUGAAUUGUAAAGUAUUGUUAAUAAAUGGUCUAGAUAGUUAAAUUUAAAUCUGUUUAAUAAUUAUUUUUCUACGUGUGUAUUUCCUGGGCCUGUGAAGGCCGAGUUUACAAUUGUAUGAAGUUUUUAUUUUCUUGUUAGGUGUAAACUAUAACAUUUUCUGAUGGUCAUUGGACUUUUCAAUUGAUGUAAUGUCUACUUGAUUUUUAAAAAAGUAUUGCUUAAGUGCAGUAGACAGUCUUAGGCUAUAGAAGACAGCCAAACUGUUGGUAGCUUUGAGAUUUCACUAAAUAAAUACAGUAACACUCCUAAAACCUUUGACCAGUAGUGUAUAAUGACUGCUGUAGUAUUUAAGGUUAAUAGAAAACCUACUCAGUUAAAAACCCUUGAAUGUUUUCUAUAUUGUAGAAUAAUCGUGAA